UUUUUUCUGGCACAUUAAUUGAUUUUGGAUUUAUUCAGUCAACAUUUUAAAUACAAUGACUGUAGAGAUUAUUUAAAUUGUAAUAACUUCAUUGCAGAAGCUCCCAGGCGAAUGCAGGGAGAUUCAUUUCUUUGUGUCCGAAGAAUAAAGGAACAAAUCACGAAGAUAUUAAAUUAUAAAUAAUUUUUGAAAGAAUCGAUGUUUGCAUGGAUGUGGAUACAACAGAAAACUAGAAUUAAAGUUUAUUUUCCUAGAAAGUGCUCCCUAGAUGAGUUUUUGAAACUGGUCACAGAGGUUUUAAGCGGACUCCAAAAGGAACUUGAGAAAGCGAAUACCAAGGGAUAUACUGGUGAGACUGAGCAAGUUUUGUGUCUAAGCCAGUUUUUGAGGAUGGCAGCUGGGGCUGUGCUUUGUUUCAGGGCUAUACUUUGUAUAUGGUGUACCAGGCUAGAGGCUUAGUUCUUUCUUGGGGAUAAUUUUGUUUUUAAUAAAAGUCUUAAGAACAAUAAAAUUACAAGAAAGGAGAGAGAAACCUUAGAAUCUCAGUACUUUGAUAAAUCAACUGCCAACUGUUAACUUGGUUUCCUUUCUGAAGCUACCAUACGUCUACAUAGGACCUUGAGAUCAUCCCAUGAAUAUCAUAUAGAGCCUGUGACUUAAAAAUCCUUCCCACAACCACAAGCUAAAAUGGGAGAAAACAAACUACCUCACCUUUUCAACCAAGAGGGAGGAGCAAAAAUCAGUGAACUUUUACAGUAGAACCUGCCAGCCUGUGACGAUCCUACCAAAAAGAAACCUCAGUGAGUUACGGAAUUUCCUUUUUGGUGAAUUGAGUGCUGCUUUUGCUUUUCUCAGAUUCCAAAUGAGAGUAUACAUUUUUCUUUGUUUGAUGUGCUGGGUAAAGUCUGGGUAUUUUUCUCUUUCAUCGAAAUCCAAACCAGUUUCUAGGAAGUCUCUUGAGAAUGAAAGACCAUGCCUUGAAUUCUCUCAUCUAAGUAUAAAGGAUUCCUUCAGAGAUUUAUUUAUUCCAAGAAUAGAGAUAAUUCUGAUGAUGUAUACAAGGAACAACCUAAAUUGUGCUAAGCCACUGUUUGAACACAAUAACUCACUUAAUGUUAAUUUCAACACACAAAAGAAAACAGUCUGGCUUAUUCAUGGAUACAGACCAAUGGGCUCCAUCCCAUCAUGGCUUCAGAACUUCGUAAGCAUUUUGCUGAAUGAAGAAGAUAUGAAUGUAAUUGUAGUUGACUGGAACCGAGGUGCUACAACUUUUAUUUAUGAUAGAGCGGUUAAAAACACCAGAAAAGUUGCUGUGAGUUUGAGUGGGCACAUUAAAAAUCUUUUGAAGCAUGGUGCAUCUCUUGACAAUUUUCAUUUCAUAGGUAUGAGCUUAGGGGCUCAUAUCAGUGGAUUUGUUGGAAAGAUAUUUAAUGGUCAACUUGGAAGAAUAACAGGUCUUGACCCUGCUGGGCCAAAGUUCUCCAGAAAACCACCAUAUAGAAGAUUGGAUUACACUGAUGCAAAGUUUGUGGAUGUCAUCCAUUCUAACUCCCAUGGUUUAGGCAUUCGAGAGCCCUUGGGACAUAUAGAUUUUUAUCCAAAUGGAGGAAGGAAACAACCUGGCUGUCCUAAAUCAAUUUUCUCAGGAAUUAAAUUCAUUAAAUGCAACCACGAGAGAGCAGUUCACUUGUUCAUGGCAUCUUUGGAAACAAACUGCAAUUUUAUUUCAUUUCCUUGUCAUUCAUACAAAGAUUACAAGACUAGCUUAUGUGUGGACUGUGACAGUUUUAAGGAAAAAUCAUGUCCUUGGCUGGGUUAUCAAGCCAAGCUAUUUAAAGAUGUUUUGAAAGAAAGGAUAAAAGGAGGACCUGUUAGGACCACUGUGUUUUUGGAUACUAGUGGCAUAUAUCCAUUCUGUACCUAUUAUUUCAUUCUCAGUAUAACUGUUCCGGAUAAAACUGUGAUGGAUGGCUUUUUUUCAUUUAAAUUAUUAAACCAGCUUGGAAUGAUUGAAGAGGCAAGGUUUUAUAAAAAGAACAAACCACUUUGUAAACUUCAAGAAAUCAAGAUUCUUGCUCAAUUUUACAAUGACUUUGCAAAUAUUUCAAGCAUUGGUUUGACGUAUUUCCAGAGCUCAAAUAUGGAGUGUUCCACAUGCACAUACAAGAUCCAGAGUCUCAUGUUAAAAUCACUUACAUAUCCAGAAAGACCACCUCUUUGCAGGUAUAAUAUUGUACUUAAAGAAAAAGAGGAAGUGUUUCUUUAUCCAAACGCGUGCACACCAAAGAAAACAUAAGAUGCCUUCUUCUAUCAAAUGCACUUGUUUAUGAAUUAACGGACUUGUAAACAAAACAAUGCAAUCAGUCUUUCUUUAA